AUGGACGAGCUCAGACGGAUACCGCCAGUGACCAGGACGGUGGUGGGCAGUAUGCUCGCCGUGACACUCGGCAGCAUCCUCACCAUCGUCCGACCCCAGUCCAUCGUUCUCUACUGGCCCUGGGUGACACGUCGAGCACAGAUCUGGCGACUGCCGAGCUGCUUCUGCCUCGGUCCCAAGGGCUUGUCAUUGAUCUUCACGACGAUAUUGCUCUACCAACAGUCCAACAGCUUGGAGACCGAGCAUUUCCAAGGCCGAACAGCAGACUAUGCGUUCAGCUUGGUUGCCAUGCAGAGCAUGAUCUUGCUCCUCUCGCUACCCUUCCGUCCAGCAGUCCUCUUCAAUCCCAUGCUCAUCAGCAUCAUUCACUAUUGGGCGUUGGGCAACAGAGCGCAAAAGGUCAAUCUAUACGGCAUCGUGUCCAUACCGGCCAUUGCGCUUUCCUGGGCAAUGCUCGGCUUCGGCGUCCUCGAGAGCGGUUUCCCAGGCUCGUUUCCGACAGAUUUCACAGGCAUGAUCGCUGCGCAUCUCUGGUGGUAUGCGCAAGAACACUAUCCCCGAACGAGAAGGCAGCCCCCGCAUCGACGCCUGAUACCGACGCCCGGCUUUCUCAUUCGUUUGCUUGGCAAUGGAUCAGGCACAACCACGACAGGCGCAGGCACCAUCUUCGCUGCACGAGGGGGCAGUGGCAGACCCGCGCCAGAGGAGGCAGCAGCAGCCCGACGGGGCCACAGCUGGGGAAGCGGUAACAAGCUCGGUACUUGA